GCUUCCACCAUAUCACGUAGCCGCCGCCUCUGCUCUCUCCUGCAGGCGAGUGCAUCCGGUCAAACACUAAAACAACCCUGCAGAAGGACAAGUCACUAUGGUUCACGGACUCCUAAUUGCUCUCCUUCUCUCGUGCCUGACGGUGUCGACUGUGGUGACGGAGGACAAUGACGUUAUUCAUGAAAUGCGCUCCACAAUGGUGGUGUCACAGCUGAUGUUGGCCGAGCAGACGGCAGUGUUGCAGGAACUCCUCAACGCUUCACGCUCAACGCUUCGUUUCUUCGCUGAAGAGUCUUCCUGCCCGUACCCCUACAAGAAGGUGCUGGACGAGUGUUUCUACGUCUGUGGAAAGAAGGUUACGUUUGACCAGGCCCGCCAACACUGUCAGGGGAUGGCAGGUGACCUGGCCCACCCCAAACACCUCCACGCCCUCUUAUCGCUCCUCUUCGAAUAUGAACAGAUAAUAGGUGGCAACGUGUGGAUGGGAGCAACUGACUCACACCAAGAAAACACCUGGUUGUGGCCUGAUGGAAGUCCAGUCUUGAAAUGGGGUCGUGGAGAACCAAGCCGAUUAAACAGUGCCUCUGUAAAGGAAGACUGCUUAGAACUACGCUUGGAAACUAACAUGCUGCUGAACGAUGUCAUCUGCACCAAGAAAAUGCCCUUUGUCUGUCAACACCCAUAAAGAUAAUCAAGAAUCAUCCACUUAUGUCUUCACAAGGAACGUAUUAUUCUUAGACUCUUAUUUCAUGCUUCUUUAUGCCUUUAUAAUUCCUUAAUGUUUUGUGAUUCUCAUUUUUCAUAUGUGCUGGUAGUAUAUUUAGGUUAGAUUAGGUUAGGUUAGGUUAGGUUAGGUUAGGUUAGGUUAGGUUAGGUUAGGUGAGACAUGCCAGGGAAGAGCUCACGUCAUUGGUGGGUAAAGGACCAAUCAUCGUACGUCGUUCCCACACACACACACACACACUCGUAUAUUCCGUCACAUUGUGUCAGGAUUACUGUGGCGAAGACGAGUUCACAUCUCAGCUGACCCAUUACCAUCUAGGCUGACUAUACUUGUUACUAAAACACUACUCUUAAAGGGGACACAUCUGUACCGGCGACCAGUUUUAUUCACUCAAACACUAAUGGGUUGUAAGAGCGUAACGUUUAAACUCACCAAGUUAAUGAAGUUAAAUCUGAAGAACACCACAAUAGGCUGUCGUAAUGAAGAUGAUGAUGAUGAUGAUGAUGAUGAUGAUGAUAAUAAUAAUAAUUAUCAUUAGAACUACUACGAUGUAUGGUAUACAACUAUACAUAUACAAAAGAAACAUCAAGAAUGGUGCAGCUUCAAGUGAGCAUUACCCAGACACACAGUAAAAUCAUUUAUUUCUCCUACGUUAGACGCAGCUGGUUCCCGAAGCCCCCUUGCACCUUCUCCACUUGUAAACUAUCAUUAAACAAUCCAAUGGUCGACUGUAUUGAGUAUGGGUCAACACAAGAGAACAUCGACUUAUAGUGUGUUUUCGAGAUUGUUUGUUUGUUUUGUUUUGUUUAUCCUCCGGGUACAAAGAGUACACUGCAGGCUGGCACUAGCAUCUCGCAUUAUCAUCACUGCCCGGUCCUACCCUCCCCCUGCCCCGCUUAUGAGAGACGGUCGCCAGAUUUAUAGAUCAUCAUUAUUGUCACUCAUGCGUCAGGUGAAUAAACUUUUUACUCAUCAGCAGCUUCUACACUGAAUCUAUCAGUGGCCUUAAACACACACACACACACACACACACCACCGAAGGGUCAAGAGGUACCUAGCGCUCCUCUGGCAAGAGCCAAGUCAACUGUUAUGUUGGCCCAUACCAACUCCCUCCCUUGAACCCUCCUCCCCACCGGAAUAUCAACAAGUUCUCGUCAGAAGUUACUAUUUCAUUUAGG